AUGCCUGACGGAAUUACUUCUGUUCCUACUCCCGAGCCCGUCUUCCCACCUUUCGAGUACUCCAAGCUGCUCGACAAGGCCAACUUUGGCGACUGGCGAGACGAGCUUGUCACCAGUGGAUACACUGUUAUCAAGGGCGCCGUCCCACGCGAGCGUGCUCUUGAAGCCCGUAACCAAGCCUUUCAGUGGCUGGAAGACUUUCCUCUCGGCUUCAAGCGCGAGGACCCCAGCACAUACAAGAAUGAGCACCUUCCCAACCACCACAAAGGCGGAAUGAUCCACGGCUACGGUAUUGGCCACGAGCAGUGGGUGUGGAACCUGCGCACUGAGCAGGGUGUCAUCGAUGCGUUCGCCAAGCUCUGGGGCACCGACGAGCUCAUCGUGUCCUUUGACUCGGCUGCCGUCAUGCUUCCCAACCGCACCGACGUCGUCGACGCCGGACGCUGGGAGCACAUUGACCAGUCGCCCUCCCGCCGCGGCCUGUACUGUGUCCAGGGCAUCCUCAACCUCAACGAGUGCGGUCCCGACGAGGGUGGUCUCAUGAUCCUCAAGGGCUCGGCAGCCCUCAUGGAGGAGUUCUUCGACCACUUUGGCCGCGGGGAAACGCGUACUUGGGGUCCCGUGGACUUUUACUCGUUCAUGGACCACCAGCACCAGUGGUUCUUUGACCGCGGAUGCGAGUGGGUCAAGGUUUGCUGCGAGCCUGGUGACCUCAUUCUGUGGGACUCGCGUGCCAUGCACUACAACGUGCGCCCCACUGGCAAGCGCGACAGGACUUGUGCAUACAUUUGCAUGGCACCGGCCAAGCUCCUCUCCGACGAGGACCGUGCGGCGCGUAAGCUGGCGUUUGAGGAGUACCGCGGAACUACCCAUGUCCCAUUCGCCGCGCUUCACGUCCGUCCUCAUGUCCCCGGCAUCCGCGUCGACACUGGUCUCCCCGACCCCAACGACACUGGCAUCCCUCGUGAGCCACGUGCCGCCUCGGACACGGUGCUCAAGCUUGCGGGUAUCAAGGCGUACUAG